CAAUCAGACGGCACACAAAUCCCUGUACAACAUCUAUCGUUUCCGUCUCUCACAUCCAACCUCUGAUCACUAUAGAAAGGCUCAAUACUGACCCCGAUUUUUUUGCUCAAAUCUGACCUGUUGCACACCGUUUUUUUGCAAUUGGACCCCACAUACUACUGCCGAUCAAGCAAGUCGAAGCCAAGGAUUAUGGAUCCAAACGAAGAAGAGCUCUAUCGGCCCACUUUUUUUGAGCUAGUUGCCCAAGAUCAACUGCGAGAGCUCAUAGGACCGGUCAUCCGCUAUAUCACCUCAGUCUUUGCUCAGCGUUACCCAAGAUACUUAAUCAAGCUACUCAAUCAUCACGAUGAAGUAUUUGCGGCGAUGAUAUCUUGGUUCAUCACCUGUAACUCCUCUAAUCCCAUCAAUCAAUCCAUUUCUCAAAAUUGUUCAGGUGGAUCUUUUGCAGAAAACUUCUACGGUUUGUCAAGGAGGAGGCAUCGAAUUGCAAAGCCGGUCAGCUUACCCGAUUCCACUGUUGGGCCCCAGGCGGACCCUGGACGAUUGGCACCACACGAUGUUAGGUUAUCCCUCAUCUUUCUGGUGGCUAUUCCAUACUUGCGUGCAAAAGCGGCAGGGCUGCAUGAAGCACUAGGGGGUGGCCCAGUAAAUGACGACCUACUAGAUGACGAGCCUGAAAGACCAUCUCCCCUUUCGAACACAGAUGAUUCACGUAUGGAACGAAUAAAAUCUACUACCCUCAACUGUUUUAAAUCGAGCUAUCCAUAUUUCAUAGCAAUGACUGAAUUCAGUCACUUGAUCUUUGGGUUACGUUACCUAUUUGGAAAGAGUCCAUAUUGGAGAGCAUCUCAGGCGUAUACAGGAAUCGAGAUCAGAAGAACGAGUGCCCACGAUCAGGGUCGAAUGCAACACAAGCUAGACAGUCAGAAAAUAUCACCGUUUGCUCGGGAUUUAGCUACGGGACACAGACCUAAUUGGCGAUUGAUUCUAAGACGAUUCCAGAGCAUGAUCUCACAUCGGUUCUUCGAAUCAUUGAAAGUUUUACUGCCGGGGUCAAUCUUCUUUUUUAAGUUUCUUGAAUGGUGGUAUUCGUCAUCCAACACCAGUCGCUAUCGGCCAUCGUUCUCAAACUCCAAUGGGACUCAAUUCCCAGCCAUCCAACCCCCAGUUCCAUUAAAACCUCAAGUCAAAGGUAUUUUGGGAGAUGGUACGGCCUUAACCAAACCAAUCCCCAAGGGACAUUGUCCAAUCUGUCGGACAAAGUUGUCUAAUCCAACAGCUGUUCCAAGUGGUUGGGUGUACUGCUAUAAAUGCAUACAUCCUUAUGUGGUUGAGUAUCAGCAGUGUCCUGUCACCCACUUUCCUACAAACUUGACUAAUCUGCGAAAAAUAAUUGGUUAG